AUGGUUGAUUUCACCGCCAGCCGGAGGGACCGGCGCCGCAGGGUGGGGGCAAGCGGGAGCUGGCAGAGCCUCGGGUUGUUGCAGUCCCCACCCCUCACCCUGUCUGAUCUGGAUAGUGGUUCACAAGCACUACGUAGGACCCGAAGAUCUCAGCUCCGAUUUCAGGAUUCUCUGCCCGAGGACCUGAAUUGCUUCGAUCCGACUGGUCCCUGCUGCACGGUGAGCGGUCCGGGAGCUGUUAAUGCGACACGAAACAACUCGCUGCGGUUAGCUUGGAGGCGCUGCUAUGAUCUGUCUGACAGUGGCAGCUCUCCUCUCACCAAUGGUGAAGAGGUCCUUGGGGCCUACGAUCAACUGAUAGCCCGGAGGACGCACUCUUUAUCUCACCUUCCAGAUGCCUGCCAAGCAGAGGUACCACUCUGUUCAUCCCCCUCAGGGCUGGCAUGGGGCCAGUCUGACGUGAACCUCGCGGCCCGCCUGUUGCACAGCGGGAAGAAGCGGGCACAGCUGGUGGACCACCUGAAGGAAGCACACCAGCUUUUGGAGGGGCAAUCCGAGCAGCUGAGGAAACGGGAUUGUCAACUGUUGGAAAGCAAAGCCAAGAUCGAGCUGCUCUCUGCCAAACAGAAACAAUUGGAAAGUUCAAUUUCUCAACUGGAAAGGGAGAAGAGUAUGCUGGAAAUGUCACAACUUGAAGAUCAAAAGAGAGGUGGAGUGCUGCAGGAUAAGGUUUUGCAUCUGGAGGCAGAAGUGGCAAAAACAAAAUCGUCCCUGGAUCUUCUCAGCAGCAGCCACGGCUCUUCAUCUCCCCCUGUCCCACUGUUCUCGACCAAACUGGAGGAGGGAGCUCUGAAACAGGACGGUUUGUUACGGGAGCUGCAGUCUGUGCGGGAGACUCUCCAGAUAUACCAAGACAGAGUGAGGAGCCUGGAGGAAGAGUGCGAUAAAGCCAGGGAGGACUUGAGAAGCUUUCGGGAGGCUCAACAUUCGGCACUCAUGACGACUAAUCAGGCUAACCAGCGACUGACUGACUCCUUGCGAGCGCAGACAGACCUGCAUGAUGAGGUGAAUCAGCUGCGCCUCAAGUACAAUGAAGCCAGUUUGGAGAGGGACGUGCUGUCUUCGAAAUCUGUAAGACUGGAAGAGACCGUGGCCAACCUGAGAACGCAACUAGCAGCUGCAACAGCAGACAAAGAUCGAUUCCUGCAGGAGAAGCUGGAGUUACACAAACAGGUCCGGCACUUGACUCUGGAGCUAGAGCGUGCUCUGAGAGGGAAGGAGGGCUUCGACGAGCAAGUUGCUGACCUGCAUACAGAGUUGGUGAGCACCAAAUCUCAGGCCAACAGACAAGAUCAGGAGAAGGUCUUGCUGCAAGAAAAACUGGCCACCAUCAAACAGGUGAACGACAGGCUGACCUCUGAGCUGGGCCAGUCUCAGCAGAGGCUGGAGCUGUGCCAGGACCAGCUCCACCACCUCCAGGCCGAGAAGACCAUCUUCAGCAACCAGAUCGAGGCCCUGCAGACGGAGCGCGGCCACCUGGUCAGCGAAAGGGAGAUGUUGCUGACCGCCGUCCAGGCGGAUGACCAGACCCAGGUGGACGAGCUCCGGACCUUGCGGCGAAACUGCGAGGAGCUCCGGGCCUCGGAAGCUGAACUGAAGGAAGACAGGGGCCGCCUGGAGGUCGAGUUACAGCAGAAGGCUGAGGAGCUGACUGCUGUGACUCUGGAGCAGCAUCAGAUCGCUCAAUACUGGAAGGCCAAAUGGCAAGAAGCCUCGACAGCUCUGAACGCCAAGGAGAAAGAGCUCCGAUUGGUCAUUGGGAAGCAUUCGCAAAAGAAUGAGAAGGCCGAUUCACCGGGAGAUUGUGAGAGCUUUGCAGCUGAUCUGGAGGAGUUGUUUGAGCUGAGGGCCACUUUAACCAGGAUGACAGCAGAAAAGGUGCAGCUUAAAAAGCAGCAAGAGGAGAGUGAGCGGAUCAUUCAUCUCCUCCAGCUCCAGCGAGAUAUCGCCAGUGACUCUGCACUGCAAGGUUCUCUGAAGGUUUCCAGUAACCUGGAGAGCCUCCACGCUGAACUCCAGAAGAGCCAUGACAGGAUAUGUGAACUUGAAAAAGAAAAGACUGAGAUGGAAACGGAAUUGAAGAAAUUCAAGUCAGAGAGUCCCCCUCUAGCCCGGGUGGAACUUGAUGCUUGCAAGCAGGAGUUAGAGCUUGAGAAAAGCCGGAGGCAAAAACUGCAGCGUCAAGUUUACGAGUUAAAACGGGCCGCCGAGCUCCUGGAGCAGGACCAGCCAAGCCAAGCUACAGGAAUGCAAACGUUUUAUCGGAGCCAAAUUGCCCUGACUGAAGGAAAUUCUAUUGACCUAGAGCCAGACUGCAAUUGUGAUAAGCACUGCAAUGACGAUGAUGACAGGAUGCUAUUUGAAGAUCAGCUCUCCUCGGGGUCAGAUGAGAAUGGGGAGCUGGUCAAUCAUCAUUCCAAACAAAAGAUCACAAACAGUCCCUCCUCGCUUUUGCCACAUGAGCUGCAGUCUCGAGUAUCGUCACUUCAGCAAGAGCUUAAAGAUGCCAAGGUCAUUCAGCGACAGCAGCAUACCAUCAUCCAGGGACUGAGAGAGGAACUUGAAGAAGUCAAAUUGAGCAAGCCAGGAGAAAUUAAGGCAUCGCUGGAGGAAGUGGAUAGUGAGCUCUUUCUGGUGCGAGAGGAGUUACAGAAAGUUUGGGACAUGCUGCAGACUCGGAAUAGUGAGCUGGAGGAGCAAAACCAGGAACUGGAGUCUGCCAGAGGCCAGGUUGAUUCUUGGUUGGUGAAGAGGCCAUUGAUGACAGCCAGGAAUGGCCCCCAGUGCACAUACUCUGAAUGUAGCUUGGAGAAUCAAAGGUUGGAACUCCUCGUCACUUCAUUAAAGCAAGAAAUUGCAGAAAAGGAACAAGCAUUAAGGCAAAUUGAAAGGCUCCGAAAGACAGAGAAGACUGAACUUGAAAUUAAGAUUUCGUCACUGGAACUGAAGUUGGCCGAAGUGGAAGUUUUGGGAAAACCUCACCAGCAAAGGAACACGAGUGAAGAAUCCGAGAAGCACCAGAGUUCUCCCAUUCGGAAAUGUGCUCGUUGUGACUCCUUUCUGGAAGAGAUAAACUCCAAAUUGCAAGAUUACAAUGCCAGGAGCAGCGAGCUCCAGGAACAGCGGGACACGACCCUGAAUUCACUGAAUGAGGUGCAGGCCCUCACCCAGGGACUGCAGGAGACGUUGAAGCUUGAACACCAGUUGUCUCAAACUCUUCAGAGGGAGAACCAUAGCUUCAGCAGACGCAGCCAAGAAAUGACUGAACAGUUGGCCACUCUGGUAAAAGAGCAAGAAGAUUUGACAAAAGCUUACAGUAAGCUCCCAGAGAGCAGGAAAGGGAAUGCCUCUGUUGAUUACUGGGUGCCUCGAUCACACCUUGUGCAGAACGUGGUUGAAAUGGUGAAGUCCCAGGAGGAUCAGAAACUGCACUUGGAGGAAGAGAAUCGGAAGCUGAAGGAAGACCCUGGUUUUCAAAACUUCCAGAAGCUGGAAAAGGAGAUUCAGAGCUUGCAGCAACACCUGGAUGUGAAAACGGAAAAGAUGGCUGCCAUGGCUUGUGAAAUGGAGGCGCUAAGACACAAGAAUGAAUGUCUCAUGACAGCAAACAUGAAGGAUUGGCAGCAGGUCCAGGGCUUGAGGGAGCAAAGUCAUGACUCAUUGAUCAACACCAUCCUGGGGUCAGUUUCGAGGCCAUCCGAUGGGCAUCACUGCAACCCUUGGGCGAUGCACUUGCUUCAGGACCUCCAAACUGGUAACCAAGGAGUGAGGGAGCCAUCUUCCUGUCGGAUGGGGGGCUCGAUCUCGCCCACAGCGACCCCUAGUGACAAGGGUGAGCAACGGCACAUGGGCUGCACCUCACCCGGUGCUCCCCGCGCUGAGACCUGGCUCAGCGGUAUGUCGACAAGGUUCAACAAGCACUCAAGACGGGCUGGCUCGCCAGACUGGUCAUCUCCUGCUAUGACCCAGAGCAGGACUCCAUCUCCUCCCAGACCCAACUGUCCUGAUGCACCGCCGAAUGCUAGCAAGUCACCGCGCGAUUUCUCUUCAGAAGCUCAGAGUGAGGACGAGAAGUCGCAGGGAACAGUGAUGACUCCUGCAAUGAAGUGUUCGCUUCUGCUAUCCCCUCGGCCUUUUAGAUUGCACAGGGCGAACAGGAAUAAAAAAUGA